UGCAGCGACAUCCACUUGGAGUGUAGGUACCGGAGGUGUUCGUGUUUCAACGGCAGAUCAAGCGUGGCCUCCGUCGAUUGUAGACCUGCACAAAGCCGUGCCGCGGAGAAAGGACCGACACUAGUGCCACUUGCGACAUCACCGCUUCCACCACACAAACAUGAAGAUUCUACCCCUAUUUAUUCUGGUGGCUUGCGUCGUGUGUUCUGCGCUGGCGCAGGACGAGGAGCGGCCACCGGCACCUUCUCGGGGCUUGCUCAAACGCGGCUCAUUGGCUAAGGGAAAAGCAACAACUACCACAACCACAGCUGCACCUCAGGAGGAAGGCGAUUAUGAGGAGGAGGGUGAAUACCCCGAAGAGGGUGAACAGCAGGAGGCAUCGACUGAGGCUCCAACAUCCACCACUGAGGGCAAGAAGCUAGUUGGCAACGGCGUCAGGCCGUUCAGAAGCAACACUGAACUCCUUGAGAUCCUCAAGAGGAAAAGGGCUCAGGCUGCUGAAGCCAAAUUGCACGCUCCCUCGACCACGACAUCGUCGCCAGCUCAGGAUUCUCUUGACCCCACCAAAAUUAACUACAACAACAAGAGCAAGAAGCGCUUCAACAAUGCUCCUGUGACCAGGGAAGUCGCCAAUGAUGAAGCACCAGCUCCACCCAAGCCAAGCAGAGGCCGCUUUGGAAGGCCAGCCACAAGGUCAGUCCAGGAAGAAGAGGAGCCACAAGUAGAUGCUGCGCCUAAAGUAGUGCCCGGCAGGACGUUCAGGCGAGGCGGCAACUAACUCUUCUAACAUUUACAUUACUCCCCUACCCACCAUCCCGUUCCCAUAAUCCCCUCUAAUCAAAUUUUAUAUCUGAAAGUUUACCACAACUCGGCCCGACUGUAAUCUAGAAUGUAUUGGGUAAGUGUGGCAGCGCACUUCAAUAAUGCGAAGUGAUUAAAACAAUAAUAAACAUUACAUCAGCCCGGGACUGUCCACUGCUGGACUAUGGUGUCCUUAUCAAAAGAGGGAUUUGUCUGCAUGAAGUACAUUACAACUAAUUUAUAUAUAUUUGAGCCACCAUCAAAUAGGUACUAGAGAAUACAUUCUAGGUUACAGUCUGGCAACGGGUUUAGAUACCUUUUCGAUUCCAAAUUCAUCACAUUAGAUGGAUUAGAUUACAUUUUUAUACUUGUGUAAAUUAUAAGUGUAAGUAAUUUUUAAAUAAAAUAAUUUUAAAUUUUU